AUGCAAGGGCGUCGAAGACCCCAAGGAGGAACUCGAGCCGAGUCAUUCUCUAUGGGUAGCGUGCCUAAUUUAGAGACCAACGAGACUGUUAGUACUCUCAAUACUGAGACAGAGUCCCAAACUCCAAUGGCUGGGGAUGACACACUGUCCCAGGCCAUGAUACGAGCACUAGAGGGCAUUAUAGGAGUAGCUCCUAUUGUGGCUGAAUAUUGGCUCGAGGCUACUGAGCAUAUUAUGAUAGACCUUAACUAUACUCCUAUUCAAAAAUUGAGGGGUGUUGUGUCCUUACUCUGGGAUGAAGCUUAUCAGUGGUGGUUAACCAUUGUGAAAAGUGCUCAGCUUGAACAAGAAGGACUGAGAUACGAUCUGCAAGUUCUGAUAGCUGCUCAGAGGGAAUGGGUUUUUGCGAUUCUAGUCGACAAGGCCAAGAUAGUGGAAGAAGUGAAGCGUAUUGAGUGUGAGCGACGGGAUUGUGAGAAGGAUCAAAAUAAGGUUAAGAGGGAUUCGGGUCCCUCUGGUUCUGUUCAGCGCCCUAAGAAGUGGGCGAGGUUGGAUAAGCCCUCAAGGCCCGAGACACCAGCUGUAGGAACUAAGAUUCAACAGUGUAUUGAUUGUAAGAAGUGCCAUCCAGGAGGAGCUGGGAGAGGACAAAGAGCACUGGGUAGAGGUGCUUGUCAGGCUGAGGCUCGCCAGCUGGCACUGGUUUAUACGGGGAGAUGCCACGAGGAGAGCAAUGAUGCUGAUGUCAUUGCAGGUACCUUCUUUAUUCACUCUAUUCUAUAUUAUGCUCUUAUUGAUAUUGGCUCUACUCACUCGUACAUAGCUAGUGUUGUUUUUGUAACUCUGGGUUUAACUGCUAAGAAUACUGCUAGAGAGUUUUCUGUGAUUAGUUUAUUGGGUCAGUCAAUUCAAGUUGAUGGAAUAUACAAGCGGGUACCCCUAGAGCUCCAGGCAAACAAACUAGUCCGAAAGGGGUGUGAGGCAUACCUAGGUUACGUAUCCGAUUCUACUCCUAAAAAGCUGUCAGUGGGAGAUAUCCACACCAUGAGGGAAUUCUCAAACAUCUUUCCCGAGGAAUUUCCUAGAGUACCUCUAGAUAGAGAGGUGGAGUUUGGAAUUGAUCUGUUACCAGUUACUGCUGUAGUGUCCAUUGUGCCCUAUCUCAUGGCACCGAAGGAACUAAUCGAAUUGAAAGCACAACUUCAAGAACUCCUUGAUAGAGGAUUUAUUUGA